CUCCACGGGAAGGGGCGGGGCUCAGAGGCGCGCGCUGUGUUCUGGCUGUACCUGUCUCAGUUGGUUUGCAAUGGAGGAGAUUUAUGCUAAGUUUGUGUCUCAGAAAAUCAGCAAAACCCGCUGGCGACCGGUACCUCCGGGAAGCUUGCAGACCGCGGAUACCUUCGCUGCGGGCUCUUGGGACAAUGAGGAAAAUUAUGUUUCACUGUGGUCUAUUGGAGAUUUUGGGAACUUGGACUCUGAUGGAGGGUUUGAAGGAGACCAUCAGUUAUUGUGUGAUAUCAGACACCAUGGCGAUGUAAUGGAUUUACAGUUUUUUGACCAGGAAAGAAUAGUAGCGGCUUCAUCAACAGGAUGUGUAACAGUUUUCCUUCACCAUCCAAAUAACCAGACUCUGUCAGUCAGCCAGCAGUGGACAGCCGCUCACUACCACACAGGUCCGGGCAGUCCUUCCUGUGGCAGUGCACCAUGCACAGGUGUUGUGUGCAGCAACCCCGAAAUUGUCACUGUUGGAGAAGAUGGUCGGAUAAAUCUCUUCAGAGCCGAUCACAAGGAGGCGGUGAGAACCAUAGACAAUGCAGAUAGCAGUACACUCCAUGCUGUAACCUUCCUUCGAACUCCUGAGAUUCUUACAGUAAAUUCAAUUGGGCAGUUAAAAAUAUGGGAUUUCAGAAAACAAGGAAAUGAGCCCUCUCAGAUAUUAUCACUGACUGGUGACCGAGUACCCCUCCACUGUGUUGAUAGACAUCCCAACCAGCAGCAUGUUGUAGCUACUGGUGGCCAGGACGGAAUGCUGAGUAUUUGGGAUGUUAGACAAGGCACUAUGCCUGUGUCUCUGCUGAAGGCUCAUGAAGCUGAAAUGUGGGAAGUUCACUUUCACCCAUCCAACCCAGAUCAUCUAUUUACUUGUUCUGAGGAUGGAUCCCUCUGGCAUUGGGAUGCCUCCACAGACAUACCUGAAAAAUCAUCACUGUUUAAUCAAGGAGGAAGAAAUAGUACUUUUUUGUCUCACAGCAUUAGUAACCAGGCUGGUGUUCACCAGUCUCUUAUAAGCUCCUGGCUCAGCACUGAUCCCGCAAAAGACCGUAUUGAAAUCACAAGCUUGCUCCCCAGCAGGACCUUGUCUGUGAACAGUUUGGAUGUUUUAGGUCCUUGUCUUGUUUGUGGAACUGAUUCAGAAGCGAUUUAUGUUACUAGACAACUUUUUUCAUGAAAAUACUGUCAUUGCAAGAUUUCAGGUAAAACAUAUUGUUAGCCUUUCGAAGUAUAAUAAUAAAAAUUAUUGGAAAAUGUGAAAUUUGCAAAGGAAGCUUCAGUAAACCAUUGGUAAUAUCGAUGCCCCGUUUGGCUUUUGUCAGUUGAAUGUUCUCACAGUUCCAGAGUCAGAGAGAAUGCUGAUGGAGAGAGAAUUGAAAUCUGUGAAAGAAUAUCAGAGGGAUCCUUUUGUUGAUGUAGACGUUGCCUUCAAACAGGAUAUUCUUUUUGAUGUUGGGGGACUUCAUAAUUUUCUCAAACCACUAACAGGUUCCUAUUUUUAAUGACACUAUGGUGGCUUUUACCCCUCCCUGGUGGCCCAGGCCAAUGUUAAUAUUUAUCCUUUUUAUAGUAGAUAUUUUCUUGAAUCUUCCCACAUUUUAUUUCCUUAAUAAGUUUAAUAAAAUUCAUGAAGAAUUGAGUAGAGUAAAAAUGACAAGCUUUUGUAAAUGUGUUCACAUUUUUUUAAAGGUUUUUGGUUUUUUUUUAAAGAUUUUAUUUGUUUAUUUGACAGACAGAGAUCACAGUAGACAGAGAGGCAGGCAGAGAGAGAGAGAGGGAAGCAGGCUCCCCGCUGAGCAGAAAGCCCGAUGCGGGACUCGAUCCCAGGACCCUGAGAUCAUGACCCGAGCCGAAGGCAGAGGCCCAACCCACUGAGCCACCCAGGCGCCCCAAAGGUUUUGUUUUUAAAGAAAAGUUUUGACAGGUUCCUCUGUUAGAGUAGAUUUGAACAGAACUUUCAACUGCUUAGACCCAAAUUCAUUUUUCUUGAAAAAGGAAAAGUACAUUUUUCCUAAGGAUUUUUGCUUUUAUUUAGUUUUAAAAGAUAGUUCAAAUGCUGAACUGGAUGUUGUGCAAUAAAGUAGAAUUUGAUAUUAAUAAGAGAGCUGACUUCCAAACUAAAAAUUGAUAGAUAACAUGUAUGAGAUGAGUAUGAUGAUGUGGUAAGAGUAGAGAAUUUUGCUGUCUUUGUCCUUAUCUACUGUGUUAAUGAUAAUCUAACAUGUAGGUGUUUUAAUUUUGAAUAUAGUUGACACAGUGUUACAUUAGUUUCAGGUUAAUGUGUCGUGCUUAAAAACAAUGUUGUGGCAUUGUCUUUCUAAAGUUAGUUAAAUGUUAAUUGAACGUGAAGACCUUAAUGACAAAUCACUGUUAUUAUGCUAUUAAAGUGUGUAUUCAUUUACAUUAUUAUUAUUCAUUUUUAUUAAUUCCAGUGAUAGUAAUUAUGGUAAAGUUUUGUUUUUCUGUCCUAAUAAAUACUGUCAAUUCUUUUAUGCCACCUUACCUUGGGGGAUUUUGGUUUGAGCAUUUUUGUCAGCAUUUUUAAAUGGAAUACAUAUAUGCAGUCUGCUUUUUUAUAUAAAUUUAACUCAAAAAUAUUUGAUAAAAUCGGUAACUUGAAUUACAAAGAAUGAGAGAAGGAAAGAAAAUGUUGCCAUAGGAAUUUUUAAUGUUUAUAGUUUUAUUGCUGAGACUAACUUUUAAGACUUUUCUGUUACUAGAGAAGUAAUUUGUUACAGGAAAAAAAGUCAAAAGAAAUUUUUAAGUACUUUUAAUAUCAAAUAAUAGUCUUUUCAUUUCCUUUUCUAUCAAUGUGUGUAGAAUUUAUUAAAAUGAAAUAUAGCAUGUUAUAUUUAUGAAUAUACAUUCCCCAGCAGUAAUCACAUGGUUUCCAUAAUAAAAACAUAGCUAUUAAUUUUC